GGGAGGGAAGGGAGUCAAAUCCUGGGGGGGUAUCCCAUACGGUCCCUCACUGGCGAGCCGACAGCAGGAGUGCGUAUACAGCAGACAAAGAGCUGAUGUUAAACCAAGUGAAAGACGCGAAAAAACACCAACAGAAGCAACAAAGAGCUGCGAGAGUUUAAAUCAGACGCGCACAUAGUCAAAUUAAUGGAUUAAACACAGUAUCCGUGCUGUGGUGAAGUGCACGGGGUCAAUCGGAAAUCAAAAAUAUCAGAUCGCUGUUUUGUUGCAGGUUAUCCUUGACAAGUCAAUACUGAAGCCGUUUUGUGACUGUCUCCGUUGUGGUGUUUGUUGUCAGAAGAGGAACUAGCAAGCUAAAACUUUGGACUUUUUUCCACUGGCUGGGUAACAAAUUGACGAUAUUGUUACAGAGUUGUCUACUUUUGGAUUUGCGACGAGUGGAGUGCGAGAUGACUCAGAUUUGGUAAGGAUGACAGUGGAUCUACGGUGACCUUUGACCUAAAACUCUGGCUGGUCUGGUGGGGGGUGGGGGAGGGACAAAAGAAAAUUGACUUGAAAUUAAACGGCUGAAACAAAGACCAUCGGAUAAAAUGUCCCUCCCGGAACCAACCCCCCGCUCUCAGGCGCCUAUACCCCCCAAGCCUGUCCCCAGGCCGAAGCCCCCCGUCCCAAACAAACCCUUGGACAACGGCUCAGAAUGCCCCCCGCUGGCCGAGAAGGGCACCGCAACAAAGAGCUCAGGGAAAGUCAAGCGGAUUGUGAACAAGUUCAGCCAGCAAGAGGGCGUGGCAGGAGAAGGAGGGGUCGUCGAGGGGGUGGAGUCCCACAGAGUGCCCAAGAGGGCCCCGACCGUCAAACCGAAACCCCCGCGAAUACCACAGAAGGCUGCAGACCAAGCACCCCCACUGCCUGUGAAGAGGAGCCGGAUGCUGAGGAAGGAGGCUGAGCAAAGCAAGGCAGAGGCACCAGGAGGAGAGGCUGGGCCCGAGGCAGUGGCAGAGGCCAUGCCCAUCAGAGACGAGGGACGCCGUUCAGCCCCAGAUGGCAGGGAGGUGGAGGUGCAGGUGCAGGUGGAUGGAGGGGCAGGGACAGAGGCGGAGCUAACUGUGGGAGCCGCCCCCAGCCUACGCUGUGAGAGGGACUGCAGAUGCCUGUGCCACCAGGAGAGGCCAGGAAUGAGGCUGGUGUGGGUACCUGUGGGGGAGGAUGGGGAGGGGGAGGAGGAAGGAGAGGAAGGAGAGGCGGAGGAACCUGAGGAAGAGGAGGUGAAAGAGGCAGAUCAAAGGGGAGGGGAGGGCCAGAGCGAGGCAGGGGACCAGGAGGAGGAAGACGAGGAGGAGGAGGACUAUGAAGAGGAAGAGGAAGAGGAGAGCGGCUCCUCGGGAGAGGAAGGGAGGCUGGGGGGCAGGGCUGGGAGGGCGAAGUUCCAGGAGGUCCUGGACAUCAUGAUCGGGGAGGGGAACCGGAGGAGGUCGAGCGACCACACGGUGUGCGCGAUCAACGCGACGCCCCAGGUUGUGCUGACCUCCUACACCCCCCACCUCUCCCAGCCUCCUCCCAGUCCCAGUCCCAGUCUCUCCAGCAGGGCUGUGGAGGAGGAAGAGGACUCCAUAUACGAGGCCACGCUGGAGGGGGUGGAGGUGCCUCCAGCAAAGCCCAGCCCGAGCCCGAGCCCGACCCCACAGGCCAAACUCAUCCCCAUCAUCCGCUUCCAGAAGCCCCCUCGCACGGCCAGGCUAUCCUCCUCAGCAGACACACUCCCUGAGCCCCGCCCCGAGCCGGACCCAGCCGGGGAUCAGGCCAUCGAUGACGUGCCCCCUGCCAUCCCCGCACGGGUCCCCAUUCCUGCCUGUGACAAGUCAAAGAGCCCCCGCCUCGUCACCGUACCUGGGGGUGUCCCCCUGCCCCAGCCCUCCCCUGAAGAAUGGCGCGCCCUGCGCCACUCCUCUCCCCUGCCCACCCCUGCUGACAGCUGCCUGCCCCCCAGCCCUCUCCUGCCCCACCGUGCCCCCCCGAAUCCCUCCAGCCCCCUCUUCCCCCAUCGGCGCCCCCCUCCGCCACCCCAACCUGGCCCAGACGGCAGACGCCUCAGCACGCAUUCCAUUCAGUCCACCAUUCAGUCUACCCUAGCACCCAAAGAUAAAGAGGAGAAUACUGGGAGUGAUGUUGAGAGAGUGGACACCGCAGAAGAGGAAAAGCCUCCUGCUGUCCCACGCCGGGGGAUGUCUAUAGACUUGGAAUCUCAGCUCCAGGAUGAGCCCCUGUACCAGACGUAUCGGGCCACGGUCAUCCACAAGGAGAUCAAACGGCAGACGGUCUGCCGCAACAUCAGCAAGACCAGUGUGGACUUCCACAUGGACUGGAGCGCCCGCAGGGGGGGUGACACGGAGAGGGGAGGGGUCCGGGGCGGCCCUGCCCAAAACACGCUGUGGCAGGACCUGCCGGACGUGAGGAACAGCGGCAUCCUUGAUACGCUCAGCUCUGCGGAGUGCAAGUACCAAGAGAGUAUGUUCGAGGUGCUGACGUCAGAAGCUUCGUACCUGCGCUCCCUGAAGGUGCUGACCGAGCUCUUCCUGGAGUCCCGCGACCUGGACGAUACGCUCAUCAUCCACGACAAGAAGACGCUCUUCUCCAAUAUUUUGAAAGUGCGGGAGGUCAGCGAGAGGUUCCUGAAGGAUCUGGAGGAGCGCAUAAGCGACAGCGUAGUAAUCUCAGACAUCUGUGACAUCAUCCACUACCAUGCCCAGCACCACUUCCCUGUCUACAUCGACUACGUCCGCAACCAGAUCUAUCAAGAGAAGAAGUACACCAACCUCAUGCAGAAGAACCCGCAGUUCGCCACGGUGAUCGCCCGCCUGCAGGAGUCGCCGCAGUGCCAGCGGCUGCCCUUCAUGUCCUUUCUGCUGCUGCCCUUCCAGCGCAUCACCCGCAUCAAGAUGCUGAUCGAGAAUAUCCUGAAAAGGACACAAGAGGGGACUAAGGAAGAGGAGACUGCCUCCAAAGCCCUGGCCUCCGUUUCUAAGAUCAUUGAAGAGUGCAACACAGAGGUGGGGAAGAUGAAACAGAUGGAGGAGCUGAUUCACAUCGCCAAAAGCCUGGAAUUUGACAAACUGAAGGCCCUUCCAAUCAUCUCUCAGAACCGCUUCCUGGAGAAACAAGGGGAGCUUCAGGAGAUGGCCAAAUCAGGCACCCUCUUCAACAUCCGUCCCAAAUUCACUCCCAUUUUCCUCUUCCUCUUCAACGACCUCCUGGUCCUCGCCAGCAAGAAGAGCGCGGAACGCUACGUUGUGAUCGACCACACCCACCGUUCCCUGGUCCAGGUGAAGCCACUUGACGAGGUCUCCCCAGGUCCCGGUUUCGAUCACUGCUUCUGCCUGGUCCUGCUGGAGAACCACCAGGGUCGCAUGAAUGAGCGCUUGCUGAAGGCCUCCACCCAGUCGGAGAUGCACAGGUGGAUGGCAGCCUUCCCUGACCCCAAUGACCCUGACAGGGAUGCGGAGGAGGUGGUAUAUGAGGACUGGGAUUGCCCACAGGUACAGUGCGCAGAGCAAUAUGUUGCCCAGCAGGCGGAUGAGCUCAGCCUGGAGCCCACAGAAAUUGUCAACGUCAUUCGCAAGACCAACGAGGGCUGGUACCAGGGCAUCAGACUCUCAGACGGGCAGAAGGGUUGGUUUCCGGUGAGCAACGUUGUGGAGAUCACCAAUGAGCACGUCCGACGGCGAAACCUUCGCGAGCGGUACCGGGUCAUCCAGGCGGCGGGGAUAGUCAGCGCAAAGUCUCGGACCGCGCCUUAAGAAGGUGGUACCCCGGAAAUCACGCUGUAAAAAUGAGGACCUCGGAGUGUAAAAUGGAGUUCCCCAGAAGAAUGAAGCCAAACCUAAGCUCAGGAGAGGAAGAUGUAACCCAUUUGAAUGGAUCCAAUUGGAUGUAAGAAAUGCACACGCCAGGACUGGAAAGGAAACUGUUACACACUACAUACUAACUGAAUGCAAUACUGCAAAUCUAAGCACAGCAAUACUGAUCACUUGACAAGGAAUAACAGGAAAACUGCCCUCUUCGUUAGACCUAAAUACACUGUAAAUCUUGACUAUAAGCACACGCCUGAAAACCUCCCGCUGACAAAUAAAGUCUAUCCAAGUUUCAUGAGAAAGCAAAACCUGAAAAAAGAAAAAAACGCCUCCUGCACUGGAAUGACACUACAAAGUCUGAAAGGAACAUUGAGGUCCCAGCAAAUGCAUCAUGGGAAGACUCCAGUUAAGUUAAAGAAUGACGACAGACUGGCCUGAACCUUACAGAAUGUGCUCCUUCUGUGCUCCUUCUCUGUGGCUGUGUCGCGUCUGCAUUCUGCACUACGCCCCAGUUCCUCCUGGGAAACUGCUGCUGAAGAGGAAUGCCUCGAGGCUGGCCCGCCAAUGUUGGAGCACUGCGCUCGAGGCAACUCAGCCCGUCACGCCCGCGCCGGCCGCUGACGUGUUUCCGCAGCGGGACGCGACGCUGGGGCAUUGCAGGCAUGCUGCAUGUUCGAUCCGCUCAUUUUAGGCAUGCCUGAACCAUGUGGUCACGCCCCAAUCAGGCGGACGGCAAGAAGGCUUCAACGUCACUGUGAGUUACACAGCACUGCCACUGCAGACUAAACCAGCAGGGUUGGGCUUUAGGGUCGGCCUUUGGCUUACUUUAAAAAAUCUUGAUGUUCAAGCUGAGAAACAGCGUUCCAAACCGCUGUUCUGAGAAGCACAAGUCUCUUAGACCUUAAGGGCUACUUCUGUUGUUGCACCAGAGUUAAAAUGUUCUGACAAUAAAGCACAAUUGCUUUGAGUUAAUUAUUGAUGACUUCUAGCUGUCUAUAGCAACAGAAAUGCCCCUUUCCCAGUUUAACAAAGUGUAAUAUAAAUGACCUUUUCAGCAAAUGUGUAAAGAACAGAAGCCCUUGUAGAUGGUUGUGUUGUAUGUGUUGUCUGGUGUUUUAUGUUGCUGUGGUCAUCCUUAGGCACAGAUUAAUGGUUUUUUGUAUGUGAACGGUGACGGUUUUUGUAUGUAAACAGGAAACCGGUUCCUCCUCUACUGCUGGAAUAGACAACUCUGAUCUACUGGAGCGGGCAUGCACAACACAUUUUCACUCCGAGUUUGAGAGCCUUACUUUAUAGUCAUAAAAUGAGCCAGGUAUCAUAAAUAUCCAUCAGGAAAUUUAUAUGGUGGUGAACAAAUACGAAGGCCUAUUUUUAUAAGCGCUUGGCCUGACUGCAAUAACUGAAAGCACCUGUGAUUCUCUGUAUGCACUGGCUGCUGUUUACACAAAACAUCAGUACUUUCUGAACAUCUGCAGAUCUCGGGGAGAGCAGUCGUUGGCCCCAUCUGUGUGGUGGUCUGCCUGGGGCCAGUAUGGCUGUAUAUGUGUGCGCGUGUGUGUGUGUGUAUACAGUAUGUAAACAUACUUACAUGUGUGUGAACAGGCUUGCUCCCUUUGUGAGAGUAGUGAUCUUAAU